AUGCACCUCCAUGGGCGGCUCGGCUGCGAGCACGCGUACCCCGACGAGCUAAAGGACCUCACGCCGCUCGAGGAGAAGCUCAUCUCGCUCAACUCGUGCUACGGCUUCGUGACGAAGUAUAGCAUCCCCGGCGGCCAGAGGCAGAGCGUGAGGUACCCGAGGCACGUCAAGGGCCAUAUCACGGUGUUCCCGAACGACGUGCAGGGCCUGGCUGCCAAGGUGCUCCCGCACCCGCUGGUCCGGGUCAUGGACGAGAUCCACGUCUCGUGGCAGGGCGCUGAGAGGCCCGGGCCGCGGGACCUAUCAGGCCUGCUGUCGGUAAGGCGGUCGGCGGUCGAGAGGGCGCUGGCCUGGCUCAAGGAGAACAACCCGCUCUACGGCGAGGUCGAGAUCGACGCGGCGGAGAUAGCCAGCUGGGGGGCGCCGCCGCACGGGGUGCCGCCGGUGGUGUGCGAGCGGCCGGAGCGAAACGAGCCGUCGGCGCGGGAGAGGACGCAGACGGCGCAGGUGGUGCCGCCGUCGGAGCGGGCCAUGGACGACGGAGGCGCGGCCGAGAUCGAGGAAAUCCUCGCGAUGCUAAGGCAGGGCCAGGACCCCGCCGAGGAGCCGCGACGUCGGGCUCACGUGCGAGGACGACGACAGGGACGGCGCUAG